UAUAUAUAUACACACACACACAUACAUACAGAGUUGGGAGGGUUACUUUUGAAAUGUAUUCCACUACAGAUUACAGAAUACAUGCUGUAAAAUGUAAUUUGUAACGUAUUCCGUUAGAUUACUCAAGGUCAGUAACGUAUUCUAAAUACUUUGGAUUAUUUCUUCAGCACUGGUAGAUUUUUUCACUUGUUUUGACUAUAAAAAAUAUGCCAGUACAGAAAGACAAAAUACACGUUAAAAAUACAUUCUCUGAAAAACCUAAAUAUCUUAUGCAGCGUUGUUUCUAAAACAAGAUUAAUCUAAUUGAUUUUGUUUUAAGGAUUUUUAGAUAUUUUUACAGGAAAACAAUACAAAAAUUAUCAUCAAGAAUAUGAUUUUUGCCCUAAUAUCAAAGGUCUUACUAGAAAAAAAUUAAUUAUGAUCCAACGUGAACUUUCUUGAUAAAAAAUAUGAUCGCACCUGGUAACGUGCAUGUUAAAUGGCUAGAAAUAGCAUUUUAGCUUAGCGUAAAGCUGACAAUUUACACAAGUUUUAUUUUUUAUUUCUUCUGCACCAAACUUACUUCAAACUUACUUCUCUGUCUGCUCGUAUGAAUGUAACACAUCAUAAGAAAGUGUUUCACCGCUGUUCAAAUGCACUUUGGAUUGCAUCAUUUAUAUGUAUAAAUGUUUUCCAUCUGAAAGGACUAAAUAUUAAAUGAAACAAAUGACAAUAAAAUGCAAAGUAAUCUCUUCAGUAAUCAAAAUACUUUUUGAAUGUAACUGUAUUCUAAUUACCAAUGAUUUAAAUUGUAACUGUAGUGGAAUACAGUUACUUAUAUUUUGUAUUUUAAAUGCGUAUUCCCGCUACUUGUAUUUCGUUACUCCCUGACCCUGUAUAUAUAUACACACACACACAAGGGAAAAGUCAUAAUUGUGGUGGUAGUCAACAUAGGGCUGCAAAUGCUGUUGAUUGACUUUAGCCUAUUGAAAAUGGAACAUUGCUUUAAAUUAUGAAUAUCGUGCACAAUGCAGAAACUGCUAUGGUACAACAAUGGCUUUAUCUUUCUAUUUCUUCAUGUUAUGUGAAUAGAGAGAGAGAGAGAUUUACUUUAUAUUGGCCAGUCCUCAGUCUUGAUCCAGCGGCGCUAGGACCGCGCAUUUGCGCAAUUGCUAAUUCUAUUCGUGUGAGUGAAAAAGUUCAGAGAAACUUCGCCUACCUACAACCUCAAAAAGUUCUCUGACAGCCUCGACUAUCGGUAUGAACGAGUGGAGAGAAUGCUGUCGAAAUGUGCGUCCGGCGAGGUUUUAUGUGUUAAUAGGAGGGCUUUAAUGUAACUGAACCGCUGAGCGCAGUUUGGACCGCGGACGCAGAGAUGAGCGCGGUUACGCUGUCCAACGGACCCCGGAGAGAGGUGUCUGCUACAGAAGAGCGUCUAGGGCCCAUGCGUCUGAGUCAGGAGCCCAUACAGGUGUUACUGGUGUUCGCUAAAGAGGACAGUCAGAGCGAUGCUUUCUGGUGGGCGUGCGAGCGGGCGGGGUUCAGGUGUAACAUCGCACGAACACCUGAAUCUGCUGUGGAGUGUUUCCUGGAUAAACACCACGAGAUCAUCAUCAUUGAUGGGCGGCACUCACGCUACUUUGAGGCCGAAGCCGUCUGCAGGAUGAUUCGAGCGACCAAGCCUUCAGACCACACAGUCCUUUUAGCAGUGAUGCCACAAGCUCCCUCAGAUCAGGAAGAGCCAUCUGUUCUCCCUCUUCUCUCUGCUGGCUUCUCCAGAAGUUACAUGGAGAACAGCAGUGUAUCAGCGUGCUAUAAUGAGUUAAUCCAGUUAGAGCAUGGUGAGGUGCGUGCUCAGUUCAAACUAAGGGCUUGUAACUCAGUGUUUACAGCGUUAGAACAGUGUCAGGAAGCCGUGGAGAUCAGCAGUGAAGAUCACAUCAUACAGUAUGUUAAUCCAGCAUUUGAAAAGAUGAUGGGCUUCCAAAGAGGAGAGCUGAUCGGGAAAGAGUUGACAGAACUGCCCAAGAGUGACAAAAACAGCGCCGACCUGCUGGACACCAUCAACACCUGCAUCAAGAAAGGAAAGGAAUGGCAGGGGAUCUAUUUCUCACGGAAGAAGUCAGGUGACAGUAUUCAGCAAUAUGUCAGAAUCACUCCUGUGAUUGGCCAAGGAGGAAAAAUUCGCCAUUUUGUGUCCAUCAAGAAGCCUUAUAGUGACAACCACAAACAGGUUCAUAAAUUCAGCCGAGAAGAGAAAGGCUGUGAACACUCCCAAUCAGAAUGCAAUUCCUUGCGUCACAAAGACCGGAGGAAAGAAUCCGUGGAUGUCAGAUCCAUCAGCUCACACAGCAGUGAUGCUCCCAGUCUACAGAAUUGCAGAUAUUCCUCAAUGGCCCGUAUUCACUCCAUGACUAUUGAAGCUCCAAUCACUAAGGUGAUAAAUAUCAUAAACGCAGCACAGGAGAGUAGUCCCGUGACAGUGGCGGAAGCUCUGGAUCGUGUUUUGGAGAUCUUGCGGACCACUGAACUCUACUCACCCCAACUGGCCUCAAAAGAGGACGACCCUCACACCAAUGACCUGGUGGGGGGACUUAUGAGUGAUGGACUCAGAAGGUUGUCGGGGAAUGAGUAUGUCUUCUCCAAAAGUGCUUUACACAAUAUGAGUCAGAGUCAGCUGGCAGUGCCUGUCCCAUUAAACGACGUCCCGCCCUCAAUCGCAGAGCUGCUGAACGAGGAAGAGCACUGGGAAUUCAACAUCCUGGAGCUGGAAGCAGCCACGCACAAGAGGCCCCUCUCAUAUCUGGGUCUGAAGAUCUUCACUGCUUUUGGUGUGUGUGAGUUUCUGAACUGCACAGAAGCCACCCUGCGCUCAUGGCUACAGGUGAUCGAGGCGAAUUAUCAUGCCUCAAACUCUUACCACAACUCAACACACGCUGCUGAUGUUCUGCAUGCCACUGCAUACUUCCUGCGCAAGGACAGAGUCAAGGGCAGUCUUGAUCAAUUGGAUGAAGUUGCAGCGUUAUUAGCAGCAACAGUCCAUGACGUUGAUCACCCAGGUCGAACCAACUCGUUCCUGUGCAAUGCAGGGAGUGAACUGGCCAUCCUGUACAACGACACAGCCGUCCUGGAGAGUCAUCACGCCGCUCUCGCAUUCCAGCUUACCGUACGAGACAACAAGUGUAACAUAUUCAAAAACAUGGAGAGGACUCAGUUUCGAACCCUACGACAAGCCAUAAUAGACAUGGUGUUGGCCACAGAAAUGACGCGACACUUUGAGCACGUCAACAAGUUUGUAAACAGCAUCAACAAACCCAUGAGUGCUAUUGAGGAGACAAGCUCCAAUAGUGAAGGCAGUGAUUGUGAGAGUCAGGCCAGUAUUCGCAAUUCUCCUGAAAAUCGUCUGUUAAUUAAACGGAUGCUGAUUAAAUGUGCCGAUGUGGCCAAUCCCUGCAGACCUCUUGAGCUCUGUAUCGAAUGGGCAGGACGCAUUUCGGAAGAGUACUUCGCUCAGACUGAUGAGGAGAAAAGACAAGGUUUGCCGGUUGUCAUGCCUGUGUUCGAUCGGAAUACCUGCAGCAUUCCCAAAUCCCAGAUCUCCUUUAUCGACUAUUUCAUCACAGACAUGUUUGAUGCCUGGGAUGCCUUUGCCAGUUUGCCAGGCUUGAUGGAGCACUUGACGGUCAACUACAAAUACUGGAAGAACUUGGAUGAGAUGAAGUGUAAAAGCCUGCGACCUCCGCCUCCUCCAUGACCCUGAUGAACCCUACCCUCCUUGGCUGAAAGAUUCAUUCUUCUCCCUCACUAUCUAAGGGCUCUCCUGCUGGCAUGCCAUUAUGACCUCAUGAUGACAUAAUUAGGGAUGGGUCAUGCUCUGAGAACUGAAUUAGACAUGGACAGGUUUGAUUAGCGAGUG